GCUUUAUUACCAAGAAGCUGAGUAGCUUGGAUUAGGUUUUAGAGCUCUAAGCUAAAUUAUAAUUUUUAUUUUAGAUAACAGAAUUAAAAAUAUGCCAAUCAGUAGGAUUGCAUUUGGAUCCCCGGCUGAGGCUAGUCAGCCUGAUGCCUUGAAAGCAGCUUUUGCUGAGUUUUUCUCCAUGCUCAUUUUCGUUUUCGCCGGCGAAGGUUCCGGCAUGGCAUUCAACAAACUGAGCAGCGGCGGUGCAGCGACACCGUCCGGUCUAGUAGCAGCGUCCCUGGCGCACGGAUUUGCUCUGUUCGUUGCUGUUUCCGUAGGGGCUAACAUUUCCGGCGGGCACGUAAACCCUGCUGUUACUUUUGGUGCCUUUGUUGGUGGCCACAUUUCAUUCAUCAGAAGUAUUCUUUACUGGAUUGCCCAGUUGUUCGGAUCAGUUGUUGCUUGCUUGCUUCUUAGGUUCUCCACUGGAAUGGAAACACCUGCCUUUGCACUGUCAUCUGGUGUUGGAACAUGGAAUGCAGUCGUUUUCGAGAUUGUGAUGACUUUCGGUUUGGUCUACACUGUGUAUGCAACCGCGGUUGACCCAAAGAAGGGCAACAUUGGUAUCAUUGCACCUCUAGCAAUUGGUUUCAUUGUUGCUGCCAACAUCUUGGCUGGUGGUGCAUUUGAUGGUGGUUCCAUGAACCCAGCAGUGUCUUUCGGACCAGCAGUAGUCAGCUGGACAUGGGACAACCACUGGGUCUACUGGCUCGGGCCAUUUAUCGGUGCCGGUAUUGCAGCCAUUGUUUACGAGACCUUCUUCAUGAGCCCAAGCACACAUGAACCGCUUCCAUCUGCAGAUUUUUAAGAAAUAUUUGAAAUAAUUAUAUGAAAUGGGAGAAGGUUGAAAAGUUGGUGGGUGGGUUCUGUUUUGUUUGAACUGUUGCAUUUGGUGUUGUGGUAUUGUUUGUAUCUGGUUCUGUUUCUUGUUAAUUGUUAAAUCCUGUGAAUUUUACUUCUUUCUCUUCAA